AUGCUCAUAGAUGAGCAGCAGGAGCCCACAGUGGAGAAUCUGGCUAGAAGGGUUCAUCAUGUUCUUAUUCAGGGACUUGGAGAGGGAUCGAAAAAGGUUGAGCAAUAUGUCCCAGUAUUUGUUUGUAACAUGGACCGCCAUUCAGAUUGUAGUAGUGGUGGGUUAGUAUUCAUUGCCCUCAAAUCUAGGACAUCAAAGAGGAAGAAAUACCCACCAGUUGUGGGUGCAUGGAUGGUUGUGAGGGACCUUGUUCUGUUCAAGGAUAAGGUGCCUCAUCGAACAUUCUAUCAGUGGGCUAAAUGUCAUGGUCCUGUAUAUUCUGUCCGUACUGGGCUUACAUCUGCUGUUGUUGUAUUGAAUUCAGCCAAAGCUGCCAGACAAGCCAUGACAGAGCAUCAUUCAUCUAUCACAGCGAAAAAUCUGACCACAGCCUUGAAAGUGCUGUCUUUGCAUCAGACAAUGGUGGCCUUGUCACACUAUGGAAGAGAUCAUCGCUUGAUGAAGAAGCUCAUGGUCUCACACCUCCUCGGAACAACUCCUCAAAGAAAUAAUGCGUUCAUGAGAAAGGAAAUGGUGCAGAAGCUAAUAGCUUCCAUGUACGUUGAGUUGAAGGAGGCUUGCAAUGACACAGUUAACAUGAGCAAGAUAAUUCUAGGUCACUUGUUUCCUUUUGCUCUAAAUCAGGUGAUAGGCAGAACUGUGGAACCCUUAUACGUGGAAGAGUUGGGCAGUAAAGUUGUAUCGUUGCAGGACAUGUACAAUCUUAUAGUUGGGGAUCCUGCAAAUGCUGCUCUGGAAAUCAAUUGGAGAGACUUCAUUCCUAUUGUAAAUCGAUGGCUUCCCAACAAAAAGCUACAGAAAAUGUUAAAUGAUGUGACGAGGAGGAGGUCGGCACUUGUGAGGGCUCUUAUUCACCAAGAAAAGGACCUCCUAUCCUCCGGAAAGGAACCGAAAGGAUAUCUAGACAUGCUUCUUAAGGAAGGUGAGAUUCUGAGUGAGAGGCAGCUGGAGACAGCAAUAUGGGAGCCUGUUAUUGAAAGCACUACUACAAGUCAUGUUGCUAUGGUCUGGGCUUUCUUCAACCUUGCCAAGCAUCCUCACACUCAGGAACGACUUUACAAAGAAUUAGAACAAGUAUGUGGAAAGAAAGCGGUAGAAGAAAAGGAUUUGGGGAAAUUGCCAUAUCUGAAGGGAAUAUUUUAUGAGACAGUACGCAGACAUUCUCCAUUGCCCCUAGUGCCGCUACGUAUCGUCCAUGAGGACGUGGAGAUUGACGGCUACCAUGUUCCAGCAGGAUGGGAGAUAUUAAUUAAUAUAUGGGGAGCAAAUAAUUAUGAGGGCGAAUGGAAAAAUUCAGAAGAGUGGAAAUCAGAGAGACAACUAGAGUUUCCAAUGGAAGAAGAUAUUUAUAGGACCAUGGUAUUUGGAGCAGGGAAUAGAUUGUGUGCAGGAUGGACACAAGCAGUUACAAUAGCCUCCUUGAUCAUUGGGAGGAUUGUUCAAAACUUUGAAUUGAAAAUGCCAACAGGACAUGAGGAAGACUAUGACACAAUAAUAAACACAGGAACUCAUAGGCUUCGUCCUCUCAUUUCAAUUCUCACACCAAGAAAUUUAUAAUCCAUGUCUCCAUGCUCUAGCAUCUGGAUGAUUAUAAUAUAUCAUCUUUUAUGAUGCUUGAUAUCUUAUAUGUAUGUAUUAAAAAAAAUUCUUAUAUCUGAACUAUGCUACCUACUUUAUGG